ACUCUGUCAUCUGUCAGUGUCAUUCGAGCACAAUUUUUUAAAAAUUGCGCUGGAAUUUUUUUUGUCCCGGUGAUUUUUUGUCUCAAUCUAAUUGUGUAUAAAUAGUGUAUAAUCUAUGAAUUGUGUUCCACUCCCAGUGGAAUAAACCUUAAAACGCAUAUUAGCUUCACCUGUAUGUUUCUAAUUGAUUUGAAAAUAAAUAAUAAUCUCUAAGAUUUUCAGGGUGUAUGUGAUUAUUUUUGUUAUUGCCAUUAGUUUCUACUAAGUGCUAAGUUACUCACAAAAGAAUGACGUCCUUAAAAGCUGAUAUUGAUUUAGUACAAUGUCCGGUUUGUAUGAAAGAUUUUACCAAAAACAAUAUCGAAAUUCAUGUAAAUAAAUGUAUAUUUCUUAAUACGCAAUCUGAAAAUAGCUGUAAAAGACCAGGCUCGCCAAAUGAAAAUAUUCCAUUGACGCAAAUUAAACGAGUAAAAAAAGCUAAAGUAGAAAUGAGUUCCAGCUCUGCUACGAAUGAUGGUGACAAUUCUCAGAAUCAAAAUGUAAAUAAAAGAAAGAAAGACUAUAAUGAUAAUAAAGAUAUCCCUUUAGCCGAGUUUAUGAGACCAUCAUUGCUAGAAGAUAUUAUAGGUCACAGGGAAUCUUUUGGUCCUGGAUCUAUGUUACACUCUAUACUUUCCAAAAAGAAAAUACCAAAUAUGAUUUUGUGGGGACCACCAGGAUGUGGAAAGACAUCAAUUGCUAAUGUAAUAGCAAAUGUAUGUAAGGAACAAAGUAAUUUGAGAUUUCUUAAAUUAUCAGCAACUAUGUCAGGAAUUAAUGAUGUGAAAGAGGUUGUAAAAGUUGCCAAAAAUGAAGCUCAAUUCAAAAGGCACACUGUAUUAUUUAUGGAUGAGAUACACAGAUUUAAUAAACUUCAACAGGAUUCAUUUUUACCACAUGUUGAAAAUGGCACAAUCACUUUAAUUGGAGCAACAACAGAAAAUCCAUCUUUCAGCUUAAACAAUGCACUAUUAAGCAGGUGCAGAGUCAUUGUACUUGACAAGUUAACAGUUGAUGAUGUUACUAAAAUAUUAGAGAGAGCUGUUGAAAAAAAUAAUCUUGUAAUGGUAGAUGAUGGGGAAAAAAUUACUUUGGAAAAUAAUACAACAAAAUGCCUAAUAGAGAGAGCAUCUUUGAAAUGGCUCGCUGAAAUGAGUGAUGGUGAUGCCAGAAUUGCUUUAGGAGCACUGGAACUUGCAAUAGCAUCACAUGAGAAAAGUGCUGCCUCAACCACUCCUGUGAUAACUCUUCAAAAUUUAAAGGAUGGAAUAAAGAGAACUCAUAUGUUGUAUGAUCGAAAGGGCGAGGAACAUUAUAAUGUUAUAUCUGCAAUACAAAAAUCAAUACGCGCCAGUGAUGAUAACGCAGCUUUGUACUGGACUACGAGAGCACUGCAUGGUGGAGAAGACCCGCUGUAUAUAGCCCGAAGACUUAUAAGAACUGCAUGUGAAGAUAUUGGCUUAGGAAAUCCAAACGCGAUAGUUGAAGCGGUAGCGUGUCUUGAAGGGUGCAAACAUAUAGGGAUGCCUGAAUGUGACGUGUUGUUGGCGCAGUGCGCCGUGAGACUAGCGCGAGCUCCAAAAAGUACAGAAGUCUAUCAUGCAAUGAAAAGGGUUCAGCGUUCUUUGAGAGAAACAAAAGGACCAUUGCCGCCGGUCCCAUUGGUUUUGCGUAACGCACCUACAAAACUGAUGAAGGAUUUGGGAUAUGCUGAAGGUUAUAAUACGCGUAAUCGAGAUUCUUCUGGUUUUGGAUAUAUGCCGGAGGGUUUAGAAAAUGUCAACUUUUUUAAUGAAGAAACUAUAUUGAAGAGCGAAUUAUUGUAAUGUUAAUUGUAUGCUAUUGUUAAGAUUAUUAAAAAAAAUAAUGUAAAAAUUCUAGUGUCAUUAUUUUUAUUUGGAUAAUCUCAUUUCACAAUUUUUUAUGACAUGGUAAAAAUUUACUAUUUACAAGAAGUAGACAUAAUUGUAAUGAUACAAUUAUCUACAACAUUGUACCUUUUUACUUACUUUUUCUAAACACUGUUCUAUUUUAUAAAAAAUAAAAUAACAUUAUUUCUUAUUUUGCAACUUUUACUGCUGCACAUUGUGCAAAAAAUACUCAAUAGAAAUAUAUGCUGGGCAGCAUUCAUGUCCUUACAUGUAUAACAUACGCAAUAUAAUGUGUUUUGUUUGUAAUUUUGUAAAAUAACUAUUGCUUACAAACAAGUUCAUCAUGUAUAGACUGAAUAAAGCCUCACUAAUAUUUACAAAGCAACUGCCAAAUCCAUACACAACCUUUCAACACAUUCAUACGAAAAUAUAAACUAGCAAGUACCUUAUUAUCCUAGCAAUUUAUUUUUAUCUAGACUAAAUUAUAAAUGAGAUACAGAAAAUGAAGUCCAAGUAUUUGUACAUUUAGAAAUAACGCUUACUAAAUAAUACUUACUGAGCUACAGGCAACUAAAUAAUUGUCUAAAAUAAAUUAGAAUCAGACUUCUAAUUUGGAUCCUAAUGUGAGGAACAAAAUUUAUUUAGCUUUUUAAUCUUUACACAAAUUUGCUUCACGUCAAAAAUACAUAAAACAAUAAAUAAUUUCAA